GGUUGUACUUUUCAGGGUCCCCUACCUGGAUUCUCAAGGCAUCGCCUGCCACAGAUACCAAACCUAGAAAAAUUUCUCCAAUCCUUACGAUCAAAUCACAUAAAUCUUGAUUUCAAAUCUUAAUACUUUCUAUUCGUUUUUUUUUAAUUGUUACCGCUAAAUUGAAAGAUUUGAAUUGGGAGGAAAAUCCAAGAUUUUGAGGUUUAGAGAUGGAUAAGUGUUUGGUUCUGUGUUAAAAAAAUAGAGGUCAGAAAAUAAGAGGAGAGAAUUUUGGGGAUUUAAGAUCUGGGAUUCUCUCCGUAGAUAGAAAAAAUGGUGAAACUUUGUUUAAUGGCUUCUCAUGGGUACGCUCCUAGCCCGGGACUUGUUUUUCACCAGGAAAAGGGUGCUAGCAGGAUGAUCAAGCAGGAAUGUCAAACUUUGUUGCCAAGUAAAGCAAUGAAACAUGACAUGGUACAAACGGCUCCCUUUGAUCUGAAGUGCAAUGGAAUCAAAGAGCUUCCAAAACCAGUUACCCUUCUUUGUGAGCCUAAACUGAUUGUAGAUGUCGAUCCAAAAGCACAAAAGCCUAUGGUUAUUGAUAAACCAGUUGCUCAUCUAGACUCAGCUCUCUUUGGCUCUGGGAUAGCUGAGAAGUGCACACGACAUGAAAAACUCUUAAAGUUUCUUGUGUCUGGAUCAAAGGAUGUGGAUAAAGGGGAACUUGAUUUAUCAUUGCUAUCAGAUUUGAUUGAACCGUUGAUGUUUGGUGUGCAUCAGCAGCCUUAUGCUUCUCUAAUUUAUCCAAGUAGUGAGUUUGAUGACCAGAAGCCGCUUCCAGACAUUGUAGGAGAGAUGGUACAAGAUUCAAAACUUAUUGUUAAUUCAGAUGGUCUAGUUGUACUUACAAGUAGUGGGACCGAGAUGAAAGACAUUCUUUCAAUCGUUGCCGAAUUUCACUUAUCAAGCAACUCAACUAAAUGGAGAAGGCAGUCGGGACUUGUCCCAUUCUUCAACAGGACCCGGAGCAAAAAAGUGCAUGCUAGUACUAGUCUCGCUCCACAAUAUGAAGUUGCGAGUGUUGCACCUCCAAAGAGUCCGGAGAAAAUCAAGCCCAAGCCAUCACAAAAAAGGAAGACGUCUAAGAAGUCAACCAGGGAGAGAAAUCUCUACAAAGCAAAUUAUUUCCAUGCAUGUGAGAGUCUUCUUUCUUUGAUGGUAAAUAAGCACCGGCAUGGCAAAAUGGCAAUUCUUUCCCUGAAGAAGUCUGGCCCUGAACUUCCUCAACUUUUGACCCAAUUCUCUGCUGGCAUUGCCGGGACUGGUCUUGCUGUUGUCUUUUCUGUUUUCUGUAAGGUAGCGUAUGCGAGAGCCCCAUUGUGUACAUCUAACCUCUUUAGCACUAGCCUUGGUUUCGGGCUAGUUUGGCUCUCCUGGGCAGUUAACAGACUGAGGGACACGAUUGUACAUAUCAGCAAGAAUACUGGCAAGUUGGAUAUGAAGGAAAAAGAGAUGAUUAAGAGAGUUGAGAAAAGUGUUGAUGACAUCUACUUCAGAGCUGCAACGUUGAUGGCUGCAGCGAUGUUAAGGUUUGUAUGAAUUCUGAAGAUAUAACUCAUUUGGAUAACCAUCUGGACUGGCUGAGUAUUUCAACAACAGAAAAUAUUGACAUCUAUGGUCUUGUGAUGACCUUGAGCUCAUAUGAGCAGGACCUCAGCAUCUGCCAGCUUGUAUAUGUAUAAUAAUCAUUAAGCGCUAUGAAUGGAGAAGAGGGUGAAAACCUUUCAUAUAUUUUAAAAUACGAAUUGUCAUUGUCGGACAUAAAUGGGUGGGAGCAGAUUAGUAGAAAUGGUACUAGUCUUUAAUACAUUCUUCUUCAUGCAAAGAAAAAUGACUGGUUAUGGUGUUCAGGUUCCAAGAGGGCUACAAUUUUUAAGUGUCUUGAAAUGCUGUUCGAUUGUGCUUUUUUAUUUAUUUAUGUACAAGGAAUGAAAAGAUAUGCUGGCUAGUUAUGCACCA